UUGAGCAGGAACCAAAACACCCAGACGUCCUCCGUUGCAUUUCGUCUCGGGGAUGGUCCUAAACUUGACAUUUUCGACAUUUCGCCUGUGACAGCUGAAAGUGAACCUCCUCUGUUACCGGUCUGGCGGUUGUUAGACGCAAAAAUGCAAGAAAAGAUGUAUAAACCAAUUCCUCGUAAUGGCUUUGAGGAGAUGAUUCAGUGGACCGAGGAAGGAAAGCUCUAUCCUUAUCCGGUGAACAACGAGUACAUGUUCCAUGAAAGAAACGUGCCCUUUUAUGAACAUAUAUUUUUGGAAAAUUUGAUUAAAGAUGGCUUCCCUUCUUCUGGCCCAAUACGACAUUUCAUGGAGUUGGUCACUCAUGGCCUAUCGAAAAAUCCAUUCAUGAGCAUUGAGAAAAAGCGCGACCAUAUUGACUGGUUUAAGCAGUAUUUCAAAGAAAAGAAAGGCGAAAUCGAUCGAUUACACGAAAAAGAACUUGCGGUUUCCAAAGUGUCUUCCAAGGCGGCUGCGAGAAAAGAGUGA